UUGAAACGCCUCGAUGGCGCUGCCAUGGAAACCUUGCAAGCAUACACAAAAAAGUAAACGCGUUACGUGUGGCGUGCACGAAGAGCAAUGCACAUAAACACCACGCAAGGAAAUAAACAUCGCCGCGUCUGAUACUAAAAUGCACAAUUAAAUAUUAAACAAUGAGCGUGCUACGAUGGUAACCGGAUACUACAUGACGCCAGUUAAUCCUUCCGCUGUCAUCUUACCGCCGUCGGAAGUCAACGAUGUGCAAUCCUUUGAUAAACUCUCACUCACUUCGCUAUGGGAUUAUGUGAUACGGACACAAUGCCUACCAGAGAAUUUAGACUUAGACGCAUUUUUCGAUACUGUCCACGAACGCCUCAAGAGUCCCGAAUGGGAAAUCCGGCAGAAUGCUCUGCGGGUAUUGGUUGAUUUUAUGCCGCUAUUGCCGAGUGAAAGUUUAGACGAAAGAAUCGGCACAGUUUUGCCAGAUUUAGUCAGCAAUUUGGGUCACUUGGGACCUGCUGUGCGUAAAGGCGCCGUAGACGCUCUAAAGACCUACUUAAAUUUAUCAACAAAACCCAAUGCCAUCACCAGGGACCUGGUUGAAUGGGGAGUCGAAAAGUAUCAGGAAAAUAAAAUAUCCACAAACGUGGUAUUAGGCAUAAUAAUGUGCUUGCCGUUCGUUAUCAACAGUAAAUUAAACGACGCGACCAUCAAUUACAUAAUCCACAGGUUACUCGAUAAGAUCGUGAAGGUCAUUCAUCAGGAAACAGUGCUGCGAGCACUAGUUAGGAUACGCGAUCUGAUUGGUGGGCCAAAAUUCGACGCAGCUCUUUCUACCCACGAUACGUACAACUGUAAACGAAACUUUGAACUUUUAUGUGGUGUAUAUGAUCUUCACUUAUUCAGCAACACCCCUGCUCACCCUCGAAUGACUAAUUAUAAUUAUGUUUGUGCGAAAUCGGAAACAUUAACGGACUCUGAUGAAAAUUCGAUUUCUAUCCCGGUCAACGAUAAUGACCGAGUAAUUUUGGAAACGGAAAUUCAACUAGAGUCCGGGCCAUCUAUCACGAUGAAAAUCCACGAAGAAAAUUCGCCAUCUACGAACCCUUCAAGUCCAGCAAGUAACAGGGCGAGUAGUCGGACGUUCAAAGUUCUGCCGGACCUAAGUCUGGACGACAGCUAUAUAGAAUCGGUGCGACGAACUCCACGAAGGGUGCGAUUCGGAGGAGAGAUAGUUAAAUUACGAACACCCGAUAGUGAUAGUAACUUGGAGGACAACGACGCGACUAUUUCUAUUAUCUCGGAUGGUGAUCAACCCGUGAUAGAAAUAAAAUACAUCGAGAAUGAGACAAAGACCACUACGAGAACGACUAGAAGUUUGAUACCAAUUCCGAUCAAACAUACUCAGUCAGCACCUGCGAGUCCAACUGGAAACAGUGCGUGUCGUAGUUUUGCACGAUCCAAGGAAUAUAAAUCAUCACCUAAUUUGAGUAAGAAGGUGUCACCUACUUGGGGAAAGUCAAGAAUUCCACGAAGAAGAAACACUGAAAUUAAAAACAGUUCAGAAACAAAGAUUCAGAUUAAUAUUAAUGAAGGAUCUAAUAAAGAUUUGUUAAAACCUCCAAAACCACAGAAAACUAGAAAGAAACUAACCAGAAGGGAGACAUUUUCUGGUAGUGAUUUGAACAUUGAACCAAAAAGUCCUAAAAGUGAAGCUGGGAAACCUUCUGAUAAAAAAGUGAAGAAGAAACCUUAUAAACCAACUAUAACAAUACCUUCCAUUCAUCAACUGAAGCGUGAAGAUCAAUUUAGCCCCAUAACAAGACACAGUCAGAUUGAAUUGUUUCAUAAUCUAACCAGAACACCUUCCCCACGUCCUGAUGAAACUCCACCACCAUUUCCUCUUCCAUCUCCCACCUCAACUUCCAAAACAAACACAAUACCAUAUGAUGACAUACCAGUUGGGCCCAGAAACAAAGAUAUAACCAGUCCCAAAAGUACAACUGUUACCUCCUUGCCAAGCAUCGCUCCAGGACAGCAAACAAACACAAACGUUAAAAUUCAAACCCCAAAUCAAAAUGGUAAUCACAACCCGCCAGAGGAUUUGGCAUUCCAUAUUUACACGUCGUCCGAGGGACCACCUGACGAUUUGCGCGAUUCGCCCAUUCCGGUGAACAAUUCCGGGGACUGCCUCACGUGUUCGAGCAGCGGAAGUGAAACUGGGAUACGCGUCGAGCGCUUUCACACGGCGCACCUGGACGAUACAAUCGUCGAGGACUUGCAGAACAUGGACGAUAUUAAAGCGCGCCAAAGAGGAUUGGAAGAACUGCUCAGAGUGAUUCGUACGCCGACGGUGUUGGACUCGCUCCAAGACCGUCUACCCUCGUUGUUCUACAUUUUGUUUUCGGCCGUGCAGCAUUCAACUUUACAGCCUACCGCUGAUGAAGCUUUGACAGUAAUCUUCAGCAAUAUGAAGCAAGAGGCACUGAUGGUACGGUUACAGCAGAUAUGUCUGAGUCUUGCCAAGUUAGGUUCACCUAGUGGUAUCCGACUGGCAAUUGUAUUAAUGCGACGUGUGCCUCCAAAACUAGUUGUCGAUCAGUUAUUGAGCGAUUCUAUAAUCGGAGCAAAAAGUUCAAAGGUUCGUGAAGGUGCGCUUCAAAUUGUUAUGACAGUUUCACGCAUUUACCCGAGCACUGAACUCAAUGUCCCCAAGUCGUUGCGGGCUGUCAUCAAAACCCUCUCGGAUAAAAAGAAAAAAGUCCGACAAGCCACACUUGAAACCCUCGCGGCAUUAGCGCAAAUCACCGGUAAUCCUAUGGUGUUACAAGUUGCGCAAGAUGUCACCGCAGCGAUGGAGUCGCCAGAACGGCAACAAAUUUUACAAGUGAUUAGAACAAGAUUGAGUAGAAAACAAUUACCCACUGUGAAUAUUAAUGGUACGGUGCAAUAUUCAGCACCUCAAGGAGAUUCUGAAAUUGAAUGGUUAUCUAAAGGACAUUCUUCUUCAUCGUCGCCAUCUUCUCCGUAUGUAAUUAAAACCAGUCCACGUGGUAGAGACCCUGACGAGACUGAAGAAGUUGAUGAUAAAAAUAACAAUAGAUUAGUGCGACGGCAAUCGGAAAGAUUUAUUAGUCAGAGAUUUGUCCCAAGCAGUGCUCAGGGUAAUGUGAAUGCGGAAGUUCUUCAAGAUGGGUUUUCUACAAGGAGAUUCGUGGAGGAUUAUUCACCGAGGACGUCAAUGUCGGCUGAAGUUAACCAUCAUAGCAAGAAAGUAAAUUACUGGAAGAAUAAUGCAAGAAAUCAAUCGUUUACCAAUGAACAGAGUGAAGAAAUUGGAUCUGAUUGGUCUUCAAGUAAGGAAGAAUCACAUGAAGGACAAAACGGCAAUCGAACGCAAGUGUGGGCCAUCGACCCGACCGCUUUUACCACCGUGGGCGCAGGGAAACUAUCAUCGGCUAACGGUACCCUAAGGCAAUUAUAUGUGGUGAAGAAUGCAAAAGAUUCGAAAACUGCCGCGACAAACACGGACUUUCGCACUGAAUCUCCAGCACGUAAAAAUAGCCGACAACGCAGUCAACGUGGUCGGUCGUUUUCGCCACCAACGUCUAAUCGCACAUCGACGUACGAAACGUUUCCAGAUAGUCAACAUGGUCAGAUGCAAUCACAACGGUCCAAUCCACAUAUAAAUCAUGCGAAUAUCAGCCAAGGACGGUUUGUAAGCGGUAACCAUUACAACGAUAAACAUUAUUUGCCAAAAGGAGAGCAGGAGCCGAUCAGGAAAAGUUUCUCAUCGGAGCAGAUUACUGGUCUGGAUCGGUUUAGAAAGGAGCAUACCUUCUCAUCAGGAUCAUCUUCAAGUUCAAGUGUUCGACAGAGUGGAAAUUGGCGUGACCUGCGCAGUGGCAUUCCGGUUCCUAUUUACGAUAGCAAGCUAAAAAUAAGAACCAAGAAUGCCAACAAUGCGGGGAAAACGAAAGGGCCUAUGACCAUACCAUAUUAUCCACCUGUAAAAAGUCCAAGUCCUACAUCGACGCCUGAAAAACAUGACAACGAAUCAGUGAACCGCCAACCAUUCUCGUCCGGCAGCGAAUCAUCUGGUUACUUCACACCGCCGCCCGAAACACAUCACGAAUCGAACGUUAGCCCCGAUCUCAUAACACCCACACUCACCCCACAAAUCAGCCCACAACCCGAACGCUUCGUACGGAUCGAAACACCGCGUAAGAUAGAUAGCGAGCCAGAAAGUUUCGACGAUGAUGAACCUGUCAACGAAACAUUGCUCGUCGAUGAACCGGACAAUGUCAGCACGAAGACUGAAUUUCGUGCAUCGAGCAGUCUGAAUAGUCUCAAUUUCGUCGAGCGUACGCUUUCGAAGAAUGAGACGACCAACAGUCUAGAGUUCUCGAAGGUAGCUUUUGAUGACCUGGAUGCAACGCGAAGAAAGAUUGACGUUGAAAUCGUUACUCAUAUUCAAAGGAAAAACGUCAGUUCUGCACCAGCAUUGAAUGACCUCAGCAGCGCAUUUACAUCAACUCGUCCUUCUACAGUAAAGACUACACUGCCAGGAUCAUGUAGCGAGUCUAUUGACGAUACUGAAGCACCUGAAGAGUUAUAUAAGAGUAUCAGUCCAGAGAAGAAGUCACCUGUUAAAGUUAUCAAAUCGUCCGUGGCCCGAAGGAAAUCUUCCAAAUAUGGUACUGGAAAAUGUAACGAAGCAAGUGGGGAUAGGCCAUUCACAAAGCCGCGAGAAGCUUUUCAUGAUAUUUGCGCACAACUUGAAAGCACUGAGUGGGAGGUGACGAUGAAAGGAUUACAGGGUUUGGUUAGACUGAUUAGGCAUCAUAAGGACGUGGUUGAGAACCAGAUGCACGCGGUGUGUGUCUUGUUGGGGAAACAUGUUAGGAAUCUGCGGUCGCAAGUUGCGAGAAAUGCUUGUUAUGCAUCGUCGGAGUUGGCAAAAAUUAGUAAAAGACCUUUGGAAAUGGAGUUGGAUGAGUUAGCGACUCCUCUUUUACAUCGCACGGCGGAUACUAAUAAAUUUUUAAGGAGUGACGCCAAUGCUGCCUUAGAUGAGAUGUGCACACAAUUAUCAGUGCCCAAGUUGGUAUCGGUCAUUACAUUCAGAGGUUCGUUGCAUCAAAACGCGGUGGUGAGAAGCGCCGCAGCUCGAUUACUAUGCAAUAUUGUGCAGCGUCUUGGAUCUGAGAAGGUAUUCCAAUUACCUAGAGAUACACGUGAUAAGAUUCUAUUGGCUGGAGCGAAUGGAUUAAUGGAAGGAAGUCUGGAAACUCGACAACACGCUAAAAUGCUCUUGGGAUUGUUAGCUGAACAUUGUCAGUUUCAAAAGGCUAUGGCCGAAGCAGUUCCUGCCAGUAUCCUGAGACACAUAGAAAAAACAAUGAAAUUGCUUCUAAAAUAAUUCAUGUGCUAAGUACUCGUUGCGUUAACUCUAUGCUUAUUAGGUAUAAUUAUGUAUUAUAAAAUAUAUUUUAUAGGUAAGAUUUUACCAAAAAGUUAUAUUAGUAGAUGCAGUUUAUUAGGUUUGGAACAAAUAAUUGUUUAUUGAAUAUUUCGUUAAGUUUAAAUUAUUUUCUGAAGUUAUUGUUUAAUGUAGGUAAUGCUCGUUAUUUAUUUAAUUGUUUAGGGUAACGUCAUAUAUGUUAAAAAUUAAUUGUACGAAAUUUUUAAAACAUGUAACGUAGUGUGUACAUAUGAUAUCAUAUCAGAAAAUAAAAUUAUUUAUAGUUUUCAUUAAAUAAA